UUCUGAAUGACAAUCUGUGCUUAUCAAAGUUUUAUAAGGAAUUGGUUACUUACUCCAAUUUGGCCUAAAGUUCAAAUCUUUAUAGGAAACCAUGUAAGAAUCUACUAGAAAGGCCAUUGGCAGAAAACGUUAGCUUUUGGUGACUCUUUUCAAUUAGGAAUUGGUUCCCUCGUUUCUUGUAGAAAUAACUAAUAGAUGCAAGGAGGAAGAACCUAAUCUUUUACUUGUUAUAUGUAUAUAUAAUGACUUGUGGAAACAGGAAAAUAAGAAGAAGGCGCAAUGGAUCAGCUUCUGUUAAGGACAUUUUGUCGAUGUGGAAGAAUCAUAAGCACAAGCGUGAUGCUACUCUAGAUGGUGUAUUGAAGAAAAGAAAAAAGAGAGUUCCCGUCAAAGGGUAUAGUAGAGGUUGUAUGAAAGAUAUUGAAGCUGUUCAUGCCUAUGACGAGGCUGCUAAAGCUAUGUAUGGCCACGAUGCUGUACUUAACUUUCCUGAUUAUUGUGUACAAAAUGCUCGAUUGACUAAUGGCUCGUUGAGGCAAAUGACGGUUGGGAAAGACAAGGCACUAACAAAAAUGCCCGACAGGAUAAUAGCGGAAUAA